GAAAGGGAACAUGGCAAAGAUGAAUUCAAAUGAGGUGCCAGCCACCCAUUUAGCCUUUCAGAGUUACAGGGGCCUGUGCUUGCUGAUGAAAAGAUGUUCUAUUUGUCUUCCUGGGGCAAAGGUGCAAAGAGGUAUAGAUGUUCACUGAUAGAGAAGGAUGACUUUAGGAUCAAGCGGACCAUGUAGAAGUGCAAAUUGAUCAGCUGCUAAGUUCUGUCUCUUCUUAGCUUCAAAUAGUAGAACUUGGGUGGGUAUCAUGCUAACUGCUACAAGUCAUUGCUCAGAUGUUUAAAUAUUAGUUAUGUAUAUUUUAUUUCUAGGCCACAUUUGCUUGGUUUAGUGUGUUUACUCCAGAAACAUUUAAAAUCUUUCUAGUAUUGGGUGCAGAGAUUGUUACUCAGAGGUCACAGUGGUCUAGACAUGAAUUUGAUUUCCUUUGCUUCUUAAUGUUCAGUAUUUCACACAAUAGACAUUGAUGGAAGAAGGAACAUAAGAAUUGUCAAGUAAUUUUUACACCACUCUCUAAUUUAUGCAAACACUAAGUUCUCACAGUCUGAAAAUGUGUAUUUUUCCCCCUCUGUGCUUUGAUGGCUAACAUUCUUUUUAAUGACAGUCAUUUCUAUAACAGGAAGAUGUUUUCAUUUGUAUUUACUUUUCAGCGCCACGCAAUUAUGCAGUUUUGCGCUUCAGUAGUGUCUCAGUACUUUGUGUCUCAAAAGAGAAUUACAGUACUUAGAACAGGACUGCAAUUUGAAGCAGGUGUUGUGUUUUACUGUUAUGCAAAAUAACAGUAAAAUAUAAUUGUGGGGGAAAUUAAGGAAACAGCUGCAAACUUGGUAUGAAAACUGCUACAUUAUGAUUUGUAAGCAGUUCUUAUAGAUAUCUUACAUCAGAGGAGCAGGGAAAGAUUUUAAUUUAGUUAAUCCUACUGGCCUGGUUGUCUGUCAUCUGGUGCUUAAAAGACUCAUACCUCCCAUGAAGUCAGGAAAAAGAAAGAGAACCCAAAGUGACACUUUGUUUAAAAUGCCAGAGCAUGGGGAUUCAUCUCUUGGCAGUGCACUUGACAUUAGGAAGGCAGGCAGGGUGGGUGUUAUUUAGCUUGCUUUGCUAAUAUGAAGAAGGCAAUGAUUUGAGUAGAACACUCUGGAAUUUCUUAGCCCAGCUAGCAUAUGGAGGACUACACAAGCCCCGGGUUGUAAAAUAAUAAAAUAAAUGGCCUAUGGCAGGCCAUCUGCCUUUUGCUCGAUAUUUAAGGUGUUUCAUGCCAAUUUAAAAUCUAAUCUUAUUAUUCUAAAUAUUUUUAUUUGAAAUAGCAGAUAAGAUUCUCAGAGCUUAAUGGUGCACACGGCAAACCUAUUCUGAUGUGGAGCACUUAAAGUAAGAGCAUGGGUUACCUAAGGGUUACCCAAGGAGCGUACUACGGAUUCUUCUCUAUCGCACUGAUCAGUUGCAACAACCUGGACAUGAGAGUUUGCUUCCCUCCGCCUUUGCACACCUACCAUAAAAAUAGACAUCUUCAUUUCUCAACCCAGUGCAGCAAAUAAUAUAUUGACAUUUAUGAAAAAAUCAGAACUAAUGGAAAUUUUUAAAAAACGAAACCAACUACUGAGAAUUAUGUUGCACCAAGAAUGAGGUGGCAGAUAUAAUGGCCGCCCUUCUUUACCGCUCCAUCGGGGCUUGAAGAAGGGAGGUAAUGAAUGCAUUCAAAGUGGUGGUCCAGACCUGGAGGUGUUUGGCUUUCCCCUGAGUGACUGGAGUGUUGAAAGAAAUGACAUUACAUUUAACAAGAAGGAUUUGCCUUACCACAAGGUUCUGGGCCAGAGAGGAAUGCCAAGCAUUGCCUACCUAUGUAUUUUGGGAGCUGCUUGUGAAAGAAAAAAUAUGUGUAUUGUAAAUGCACAGCGGUAUUGAUGAGUAGAUCCUUGGAUUCAGAGGUUGGCUGAAACGCACCAUGCCUGCUUCCAUCUUUUGCUCUGUAAAGUUGUGAAUUGCUCAUGCCUAUAGGGAGGAAGGAUGGCACAUGGGAUUCCUUCUCAAGGCAAAGUUACCAUAACGGUGGAUGAGUACAGCUCAAACCCCACCCAGGCAUUCACGCACUACAACAUCAACCAGAGCAGAUUCCAGCCUCCACAUGUACAUAUGAUGGAGCUGGAUGAAGCUCAGAGUUAUACUGCACAGAUGAUCUAUAGAAGAAAUCCAUCUCACAGCAAACCACAUGACAGCUUUUCUGAAGAUCUACCAAUGAGGGUCGACCCCAUCCCAUAUGACACUCCAAAACCAGCGGGCCACACGCGGUUUGUCUGCAUCUCAGACACACACUCCAGAACAGAUGGUAUCCAGAUGCCUUAUGGGGACAUCCUUCUCCACACAGGCGAUUUCACCGAGCUGGGACUGCCCUCAGAGGUUAAGAAGUUUAAUGACUGGUUAGGAAACCUGCCAUAUGAAUAUAAAAUAGUGAUUGCUGGGAAUCAUGAACUGACAUUUGAUAAGGAAUUCAUGGCAGACCUUGUUAAACAGGACUACUACCGUUUCCCCUCUGUGUCCAAAUUGAAACCAGAGGACUUUGACAAUGUUCAGUCCCUCCUGACAAACAGUAUUUACUUACAAGAUUCGGAGGUAACAGUGAAGGGAUUCAGGAUAUACGGUGCACCUUGGACCCCGUGGUUUAAUGGAUGGGGCUUUAACCUACCCAGAGGUCAGUCUCUGCUGGACAAGUGGAACCUCAUCCCUGAGGGCAUUGACAUACUCAUGACACAUGGACCUCCUCUAGGUUUUCGAGACUGGGUUCCAAAGGAGCUUCAAAGAGUGGGCUGUGUGGAGCUGUUAAACACGGUUCAGAGGCGAGUCCGGCCCAAGCUCCAUGUGUUUGGUGGAAUCCAUGAAGGUUAUGGCAUCAUGACCGACGGUUACACAACGUACAUCAAUGCCUCGACGUGUACAGUCAGCUUUCAACCGACCAACCCUCCAAUUAUAUUUGACCUUCCAAACCCACAGGGUUCCUGAAGCUCUAAAUGCCCUAUUGGAAUGUGAGGGAAGGUCUAUAAACUGCCAUUUUUCUAAUUAUAAACUUACAUUCUCUUACUUAUUUCCAAACCCUGUGAGUUCUUUUUGUAAAUUGUUGGAACACAAAUGAUGCUAGAGGUUGUGCUUCUUCUUUAUUUUAUUUUAUUUUAAAUGGGGCAUCCAUUUGAAAUCAGAGGAACAUUGUGAAUUUGUAAAAUGACUUCUGUUUUCUCAAAGGCCAUGCCAUUGUAAAUUGUUAGUGUUCGCCAAAGGACAGCCAAGCUUUCUUUUAAAAAGUGAUAAAAGUCUUAUUUUAAUAUGCUUUAAGCUGAAAGAAAAAAAUAAGAAACAGGUAGGCAGUGUUUUAAAAACCAACAGAGAUUUGCACAACUGUUUAAGAGUAUUGUUUGAAAUAUUUUAAUUUUCGAUGUUUUGUUGUUGUUGUUUUCUUGGUAAUGCUUCUUUUUUGCAGAUGUGGUCCCAAUUUAUAGCAAUCUUCUCAACAGAAGCAGGCAUGGAAAAGACGUCUUUUCACACUCACUAUAAAGAAAGCUGCAUUGAGAAGAAAAUGGCUGUCAUUUAAAGGAUGGUUUAGCUAGUGAGAUUCCUAUUGUGGUUAUACAAGGUCUCUUGUUUGUUUGUUUCUUUUAAAUUAUUUUAGCUUUAAAAAUGCAGAAAUGGAAUCUGUCAAGAGCAGGUAUCUCAUACAGUUAAAAAAAUGAACAUGCAGACUCCUUUUCAAUAUGGGUUUAUAUAUAUAAGUAUUUUUUGUGUAUUAUGACUACGUUAGGAGUUUAAUAUUGCCAAGGACAGUACAACUGCAAAGGGAUGCUGUAUAGCAGCACAUCAGAAGUCGGAAGGAACUGACAUAUUUUCUCAGAACUCAAGGUCUUAAAGAGCUUGAGUUAAAUCUAGGUACAGUUACAGGCGUGUAUAGACUUAAAUGGAUGCAAUGGAAGCUAACUAAAAUAAGGCUUAGUUGUCCUUUCUAUUUAAAUACCCCGAAUUGUCUUCUUACUUCCUUUCCCCCCUCCCAUUUUGCACUGUGUGUCGAUGCAAUCUUCGCUAGCACAAAAUAUUGUCGCUAAUAGUCAUUUCUGUUUUCCCAUUGUAAAUGCUGUUGAGCUUUAUUCUAUUUUACGUUACCUUGUUAAUGAAAUUUAGGAAAGCAGUUGUUUCUUUAAAUUUAUUGUGAUAUUCUAUAUCUAGCGGCCUUUAUAUGCAAAUAAAAUUGCAAGAUUUUUAAAUUC